CUUCAUUCAGAAUGUGCAAGUGGUGUGUAUUUUAUGCUUAUUUUUAUACACUUGACAUAUUUUUCUUGACUCGCAUGGAUUAAUAUCACCCAUUUUAUCUAUCGGCAUCGGUGCUGGACUUUGCCCCGUUUAUUUUUUCUUCGCUUUUCUUCACACUCUGCCCUCUACAGUUUUACUUUAUCGAUAUUUUUCUUACUUUUUUUGUACUCUAGGCUCUCAAACGAAAAGACUGCAGUCCUCUUCCUUACCCCCUUUUCUCUCUCUUAUUCUCUCCCACCACCUCCAAUCGUUUUUAAUCCAGGUCACUAACGAUGACGACUUAUAACAGCCGCAGCAGCGUCAACAGCACCUUAAGCACUUUCAGCGCCAGCACCAAAUUGUGCGGGAUAGAGCUUCCGGGGGCGCCAAGCAUCCCUGGCGAAACCAAACCCUACAUCAACCACAUAAUCACAGACGGAAAACUGAUAACGCACAUAAACGGCAUCAACUCGAUGUACGACAACUUCCUCCGUGGCCGCUCGAUCGCCGGCCGCAACUCGCCGAUUUUUGGAACCCGUCCAGUCAUCGACGGCAUGGGCAACGUCGGCGGGUACCGGUGGGUGACCUGGGAUCUGUUCCACGAACGGUUUAUCAAUUUUGCGUCGGGCCUGCGCAAGCUUGGACUACAGCAGGGCGAGACUAUCGGAAUUUUCCUCGCCAACAGUAUCGAAUGGGUACUUACCGAGCAGGCAUCUUACUACCACCGAAUCGUGUCUGUACCGCUGUACGAUUCAUUGAGCCAGAGUGCCCUGACACAUGUUAUUACUGAGGCCGAGAUCAGUGUCGUUGUGUGCACGAGCAGCAAUGCGCGGCUGCUGCUCGAAAUGUCCGAAUCCAUCCCUUUUCUCCAGGCGCUUAUUGUCGUUGACACGUUUGGAAGUGAUUUGGUGCAGAUGGGCGAGACGCGCGGCAUCAGCGUCCGACUAUUCCGGCAGGUCGAGGAUUCCGGCGCCAAACAGGCUGUUGAGCCGGAGGUGCUGCCGGGCCCACAGGACAUUGCCACCAUUGUGUACACCUCGGGCACCGUCGGUAUCCCCAAGGGUGUGGUUCUGACGCACGCCAACAUGCUAGCCACCAUUGCUGCGACCACAGCCAUGAGCGAAGAAGGCGACAUGUACAACUUUACGCCCAAGGACUGCUCCAUAGGUUUUCUCCCCCUGGCGCAUUGCCUCGGGCGAAUGGUUCUACAUAUGAUGAUAUCCUUUGGGGUCAAGACGGCGUUCCCGCGCAACAACCCCGCCACGCUUGUUGAGGAUCUGCGCGACUUGCAGCCCACGAUAUUUGUCGGCGUGCCGCGCAUAUUCAGCCGCAUUCAGGACCGCGUCCUGUCGACAGUCAAGGUGAAGGGUGGGUUGCCGUCGGCUCUGUUCCAUUACGCUUACAGUACGAAGAAGAAUAACUUGGUCCGUGGUCAGGUCAACCAUUGGCUGUGGGACCGCGUGAUAUUCAAGCCCCUAAGAGAAAAAUUUGGCGGAAAGCUCAAACUCAUUGUCUCUGGCUCAGCGCCUAUUUCUCCCGAGACUCUCGAGUUCUUGCGCUGCUGCUUCUCAUGCAGCGUCAUCGAGGGCUAUGGAUUGUCCGAGACCAUGGGACCGUCUUCUGUGACCCUGACCGACGACAUUGAGCCCGGAAAUGUUGGCGCUCCGAUCCCUUGUGUCAUGAUGAAGCUGCGCAGCGUGCCCAAUCUCGGAUACAAUGUCGAGGAUAUGCCAAGGCCUCGAGGAGAAAUUCUGGUCAAGGGUGCCAAUGUGGCGAGUGAGUACCUUAAGCAGCCGGAGAAGACUCGCGAUGCAUUCAUCGACGGCGGGUGGCUGUGCACCGGCGACAUUGGCACGGUCGACGAGCGCGGGAGAUUCCACAUUAUCGACCGCAAAAACAACUUGUUCAAACUGGCCCAGGGCGAGUUUAUCGCGCCCGAAAAGAUUGAGAAUGUCUGCAUGGACCACUUUGUCGUUGAGCAGGCAUAUAUCUACGGCGACCCACUGAAGAAUGCGCUGGUCGCCGUUGUCGUUCCAGACAAGGACUUACUCAUUUCGUUUUUAAAAAGCAAGGGUACCGUGCCGUCCGUGGAUAAGCUCAGCUUUGAGGACCUGUGUCAGGACUUGAGAGUCCGUAGAGCUGUUAUUGAUGAGCUGGCUGUUUGGGGCAAGGCGCAUGAUCUGUGUGGAUUCGAAAUUCCUAAAAACAUUUUUUUGCAUCCAGUGUCGUUUGAAAAGCUCGAUCUGCUUACUCCUACGUUCAAGCUCAAACGCCAGGAUGCAAAGGCUCAUUUUGAUGCCAUAUUGAGCAAACUAUACGUCGAUAUGGCUUAAUUAUGCUUUUUUGUACAUGUAUAUUUAAUGAUAAGUAAUAUUUUCUUGUCAUUUAUAAAAUAUAGAAAUAUUAAAA